AUGUGGCGACUACUGGGCUACUCUUCUAAAUUCCCCCAGCAUGAACCGCCUCGCGGUAUUCCUGCAUCAUGGUAUCGUUCGGAGGCGAUGUAUCAGUUAGAACGCCGAGCGAUCUUUUCCAAACGGUGGCUUCUCCUCAGCCACUCGAGCCGCUUAAAAAAACAAGGCGACUACCUCUCGUUCACGAUUGCAAAUUUUUCGUUCUUCCUCAUUCGAGACCGCGAUGGUGAUAUAAAUGGCUUUCACAAUAUCUGUCGACACCGUGCAUUCCCCGUCGUUUCGCAGCAGUCCGGCACCACUUCGAUUCUUAGCUGCAAAUAUCACGGGUGGUCAUACGGGUUGAAGGGAAAUCUAUCGAAAGCACCCCGCUUUGAAACAGUUCCAGAGUUUGACAAAAGUCACCAUGGGCUUCUUCCAAUUCAUGUUCAUGUCGACAAGGCUGGUUUUGUUUGGGCCAAUCUGCAGGCGGGUGAUCCUGAUGUGAAGUGGGACGAUGAGUACCAAAGAAUUGAUGAGCAGCCGCGGAUGCAAGACUUUGAUUUCUCGGGGGAUUAUAAAUUUGACCAUUACUGGGAAAUGAAUAUUGAUGCGAAUUGGAAGGGGGUGAUUGAGAACUACAACGAGUGUUAUCAUUGUGCGACUUCGCACCCACUCAUCAGUGGUGUAUCAGAUCUUCCUCGAUAUCGAGUGGAACCUAAUGCAUCCUAUAUGGAGCAUCACAUUUUCAACAAAGAACAGGCCGGCUCUCAGUUCAAACGGGCGAUCACAUAUUUCUUCCCCACAACAUCAAUCACCGUCACUGACAAAUUCUUCUACAUUCAGCGAAUGAUUCCCGUCACUGCCACCACGAGCAAAGUUGAAAACGAAGUCUAUCGUCAUAAGGAUGCUACUGAUGCUGAGUUUGAAGCCAUCAAUGCAUUCUACCGACAAGUACUGGAUGAGGACAAAGAGUUAUGCGUUGGAGCGCAGCGCAACCUAGACGGCGGAGUCUUUGUUAAUGGAGAGCUUCAUCCAAAAAAGGAGAAGGGCCCAAUCUACUUCCAAAACAGUGUGAAGGAGAUUCUUUUCCAGCACCGAAAGAAGGAAGAACAACAAGGAGGACGGGAAAUAUGGCCAGCUCUUCCUAAAAUGCCGCAAAAUAUGACAACGAAAUUGGUUGGAGAAGAACAAUUCUGCUCACAAUUGGAAGCUGCCAGUUGUAUGAGUAGGCCGGAGCUUUCAUGGUAA